CCUCGGGGUGAUUGCGGAGAGUGAGUGUGGGUGACGGGCAUAAAACCUCGGACGAGCGCUGACCGCCUUAGCCGACAAAACAUUUUUGAAAGUACCGCAGCGGAGCGGCCACCGGAGCUUUGAUCUUGCCUUUCACCUUACUAUUGCAAAACAGCUACUUGAAUUUCUCCCACCCCCUGUUCUCCCGCUCCCCUUCUUGCCCAGGGUCAUCCCCUCGGGUCCUCUUCAAUGCUCUCACGCAGUCGCCCGUAUCUCACAAGGCGCAGAAUUUCUGCCGCCCUGGAGCACGUCGCGACUGCCCCCGAUGAGCCACUCCUCUUCCUCUACCCUUCCUGGUUUACCUCUAUACUCACGCAUCGGAGAUCUUUCUCGGCUACGAAUCCUGCUCCUAAUCCCCUGAGACAACGCUCGCGUCCUGGCAAGCGUGGACCAAACGCGCCUCGACUACCCCCAGGGCCCUCGACUGGCAAUUCGUCUAGACAACUAUCCGCUUCUUCCCCUACCGCCGCCGCAAGACAUACUUCGAAGAAAACUGCCACAGAGACUACAGCUGAGCCUCAAGCUGCGCGGCGGCCAUCCUCCCAUCGACCAAGGCCCGAUGGCUCCUCGAAGUGGGAGGGGUCCCAGCUGAGAGGCCUCAUCGCGUUACCGUCGACCUCGCCCCGCGAUAAAAAGAAGCUUUUGCACCGAUAUAUAAAGCCUCGCACCGAUGUUUCGGAGAGACAAAAGGAAAGAAAAGAGCAGGGUGCUGUUUUCGAGAGGUUACUCAGGAUGGAUCGGGUAAUGCCGGCAACUGUUCCGCUGAAGCCCGACCAGCUCGAGGUACAUGUGCGCGAGGACACGAUUGCAGCGGUCGCCGGCAUGGUGUCCAAGGGCGAGAACAUCUUCUACCGUUAUGUGUAUCACGGGUGCAGGGUACACGUUCUGCCGCCGUCGGAGAGCGUCGGGUUGUAUCGCCGGGUGAUUCUGGAGGGGACGGCGGCGUCUGUGGAGGAUGUCAAAAAUGAACUUCUCGAGACCAGAACGUUACAAGACGAAUCGGAUCCGGUUGUCGACAUGCCUAAGCCAUCGGUUCCUAUUUACCCUUCCGUCGAUAGACGCAAACACAAAGAUAUCCCCUUAAUUCGCGGCGCCUGGGAUAUGCGCCAAAGGAUCACUGAGUUCACGGUGGAACAGAUUGCACAGCAGGGAGAGCUUAUAGCCUCUGUGAGGGACUUUACCCAUCAUGUGGAGGACCUCAUAACGGCUCGACCCAAAUCCAGGGCAAAACCGGCUCAGCACGCUGCGGAUGUGGCUGAUGCUCUCGAGGAGCUUUUUCUGAAAAGCGCCUCCCGGAAGUUCAUGUCCACCGCCGCAUUGAGCCAAGCUCUGUCAUUUUUGGUACGAUGCAAGCAAUACUGGAUCGCACUUAGUAUUUUCCACAACACCAGACAUGUUGCGACUGUGGAAACCUUUAACAUCAUGCUCAAGUCAACGGCCCUCGAGCAAAACCCGAAGCGGUUCCGGCAAAGCCUGCAUGUUAUGGAAAAACUGGGCAUCCGCCCCGAUGUGGAGACCUGGCUUGCGUUUGCUGAUACUUUUAUUUACCCCGCCGCGAAGAUGGCAGUAGUGAAAAGUCUACGACAGCGGGGGAUGUUAAAAGAAACAACGCGUGCGCGGACAGCGUUACGACUGGUGGUCCACGAACUGUUGGUGGAUCAUCUUCAAGACGGCGGAGACAUGGAUUCUUUCCUGCAAAUGAUAGCCAGGGACUAUGACAGCGCGUGGUGGAGCCCGAGCUUGGUCAAUCAGAUGAUGUGCGCCAUCAUACACGCGAAGAACUGGAAGGCUAGAGACCAACUGUUCAGGUUCUGCAGGCAGAAUGGAAUACAUAUUGAGCCUUACACUUUCCUUCUCCUUGUGGGUUCAUGCAACAAGGGUAAUAUCAUCCAGGCUUUGCGAUACUUGUACCAGACCAUGGAUGAUCCGAUGAGAGAUCUUGAUAUGUCUGGGUGGACGCGACUUUUUCUGCACGCAUGGCACGGCGGAUACUACAACAUCUGCCGUGUCCUAUGGCGGUAUGCCUGCAUGAGAGGACAUGUAAGCCGUCGGAUUACCGACAAGGUCUAUGAAUCCCUGUUGCACGAAGCUGGCCCGGAGACGACCUUCCGCAAGGCCAUCGCGGCGAGGGUCAUCCUUGGCAUUGAUCUGGGGCCGUCCAGACCCGCCCAAGCCGCAAAGAGCGUUGGAUUCCGGGGACUACCAGCUGAAUAUGCUCAAGACCCCAUGAAGUACUUGUGCGUCAAGGUUGACCCUCAGGGGCGUAACAGCCAGCUCAGCGUAAGCGAAGCGAUUAUGCUGCGCGAUCAACGAGUUGCGCAAUCUUACAAGCCUCACAUACCAUUACAUACGAUGCUCGAGGCGGCGGCUAUCGUGGAUCUUGAAUGGAAGGCAUUGGCUCGCAAGGCUCCUCUGGACCUUGGAUGGAUGCAAGACCACAUCAUUUCGGUCGAGGUGCUCCCCAAGACCAACAAGAAGAAGCAGCAGUGGCGAUAGGAGGAGCUUCGUGACUCCCGGCCAGUGCUGCAUCCUUCUGUGGAAUUCUGUUUUCUGAGCCGCCUUCUGCGGUUGCGAUGACCUUGAGCCGGUCGAUAUGCUUCGUAUCUUGAGGAUACGCAGUACGGUGCUAGCUUGAUGCCUGUAU